GAGGAAGAAAGGAAAAUCAAAGAGUUGAUGAAGAGCUGAAGACGAAUAGAGAACUUCAUCCUGAGGGCAGGUGUCUUUCCCUGGCUUAUGCUUGGUUGUUGGAUUCCCCAACUAGCCUUUGUUUUCUUAUUACUGCAAUUCGUACACCCUGGAGAAGAUAGUUGUUCUUGUCAGCCAUGGACGAGGCAAGCAUUGCGCCACGACAGCAAACGUAUGGCGAUCGCCUGACCGAUCAAUCGCUGGAAUCAACACGGCGAAUGCUUCGGCUGACGAACGAGUCUGCGCAAGUAGGAAUUGACACCAUGGUGGAGUUAGAUGCUCAGGGAGAGCAACUCGAUCGUAUUGAAGAGGGCCUGGACGAUAUCCACGAUGGCCUGAAACGCUCGGAGAAAACGUUGAAUCAGAUGGAGAAAUGCUGCGGCAUGUGCUUGUGCCCAUGUAGUGGCAGUGACUUCGCCCAGCGUAACAGAGGUGCUUAUAGACGUUUGGACGCAGGGCGAGACGAUGACGACGAUGAUGACAGAAUAAUCACAGAAGAGCCCAGACCGUCUUCAUCAUCCAGACAACGACAGCGAGCACAACCAGGUGACCGUUUCGUUCAGCGAAUUACUGACGACGCGCGCGAGGAUGAAAUGGACGAGAACUUAGGACAGGUGUCGAACAUGCUAGAUGGUCUGAAAGGCAUGGCCCUAGACAUUGGUGAUACGCUGGAGCAACAGAAUGCUACCUUGGACCGCGUGAAUCGCAAAGCAGACCAGAACGAUCUCCACCUGGAUUCGGUCAAUAAGCAAUCCAGGCGUGUUUUACGUAAUGCGUAAACACUCGUGUCUAGAAAAUACAAAUGCACGGUAUAGAAGCGUACACGAAAUACUGUACAUACUUUCCUACGCUCUUACCGCGAAAACAUUGUGCAAGUCAUAUAGAUCAGCCACUGACACACUGCGUCUUCAGGAAAUGGAGCCACACAAUCAGUUCGUCUGAUUCAUUCAGUCACAUAUUUAUUUCAAUUUGGCACACUUCUUAGGACGGCAUGGUGCUAUUUGCUGUACAUAUAACUUUAGGAACACGUAUGAUGCUCUCGUUUUGUAGAUUUGUUCCUAGAUCCUUCUCUCAUUUUUUUGGUAUCUUUACUUUCAAUUUCAUCUCAAUCCUCUAAACCUUUUUUUUCUCUUUUUUCCAAUUUUGCUGUUGUGGGCUGGUUCCAUGAAUUUGGAUUAUUUGUUUUCUCAAUUGUUGAUAGUGACAUGCUGUUGACAAUGCUGUGCCUCCCUGGAAUGCUAGCCGCUCGCUUUCCUCUGAUAUAAUUCUCUAGGCAUGGUAGUCGUACCUGCCCGAGUCGUC